AUGCAGUAUCAACGUGUUUUAUAUACAAAUAACUUAACAGCAGAAAUAAAAUCGAAAUUAGGCAUCGUAUCUAUUGACAAGCGAUUAUCAUCCAAGAAAAAUGUUUACUUUGUAAGCUUUGCGUCGAAUGCUGAUAUGAAAAUUGCUGAUCGAAUCGCCAAACGAAUUCGUAAUAUUGCAUUAAAACCUAUUCAAGCUAUUUCUUCUGACAAUCAAUAUGAACAUCGGAUUAGCAUACACAACAAUCGAAAAAGGUUACUAUCAUCAUCAACAUCUCCAGCAUUUUUAUCACCAACCACCACUCUCAGUUUCCUUUCUAAUUGCGAUUCUCCAUGUACGACACCUCAACCAAGUAGUCCAAUACAACAAGCAAAUGAAACAUUGGAAGAACGAGCAAAACGAAUUCUCGGUUCACGAUUAGUAAUUCAUAAAACUGUUCCUCCAAUCCCUACUCUUCAGCCACGAAACUUCUUAAAAUCUAGUGCUGAUGUAACUUCCAGCAAUAAUUAUUUAAUUCGGUAUGAAAAGGACAAGAAACAACUUAUUGACAAUGUGACUUCAUGUUUGAAAACAAUGGAAAUAGCACGACAAGCUACGGAUCAUCUUUGUCAACUUCAUAGUAAGAUUUCACGAUUUCCUUUGCACUAA